GACGUCCGUCCGUCCGUCCAUCCGUCCAUAUUGCAAAUUUCGCACGCUUUCUCUUCCCUCCUCCAUUCCUGUUUCCUGUCGAUCGCUUCAUAUCCCUCUACUCCCGUCCCUCUCCCUCUUGCGUCGCGCCAUGCUUCUUACCGGUGCCCCGUCCGAACACACGACCAUCGCUCUUCUAUCGCUAUCCUUCUAUCGUUAACCCGACCUCCCCCCCCCGUUCGAACAUACAUACAUACAUACAUACAUACAUACAUACAUACAAGCACAGACUUUCCAAAUAGAAUCGCUCCUACGUUGCGUGGUGUACAAGAAGUGUAUCGGGCGGUAUUUGCUGCUUGGGAUAUCCUGAUAGCGGUUGUGUUCUUCAGUUUCUACUGUUUAAGAAAAACCCUGAUAGCGGUUAUAUUCUUCAGUUUCUACUGUUUAAGAAAAAUCCUGGCAGCGGUUCCGUUCUUCAGUAUCUGCUGUUUGAGAAAAGCCCUGGCAGCGGUUAUAUUCUUCAGUAUCUGCUGUUUAAGAAAAACCCUGGCAGCGGUUAUAUUCUUCAGUGUCUGCUGUUUGAGAAAAAUCCUGGCAGCGGUUAUAUUCUUCAGUAUCUGCUGUUUAGGAAAAACCCUAGCAGCGGUUCCGUUCAGUAUUUACUUUCUGGAUCACUUCUACAUCUCAUUUUGUUCAAAGAGUCAAGGCUGCUCUAUAGCCUGGGUGGGUGGGAAUCACACAUCAAGUGUGGGCUAGCAUUUUUCAAAUGCAAUUAUUCGUUCACCACGUUUUAUCGCUAAUUGUGAUUGUAGGAAUAAGAUAUGUCGGUUCCAAUCGAGAAACUUCGGCUAGAAAAGCUCCUUGACGAAAGGGUAUUUGUAAAAUGGAUCGAUCAAUCAGGUACAACAUUCACAUUAGGUUCUUGCUUGCAUACCAACAAGCAGAGAUCUGAUUUUUUCAUGGUUGUAUAUCGUGAUGUGGAAGGGCAAAUUCAUAUUCAUUUUAAGCUUCGCGUAUUUGUUAAGCUUGCUGGUAAGAAACGACAGAUAGAAAUAUCAUUAGUUGUUCCUCCAGAUGCCGACUUUACAAACGCUUCCACGCCCUUUUCAAUAUCGAGUAUCGAUAGUUUAUCUCAUGAUGCUUCUGCUAUUCACGACGCUGGCUUGACCAAUGCACAACAUGUUUUCCUUCUACAAUUCAAUCUGAUCACCAAAGGAUUCGUUGUUACAGAAAAGAAAACCACUGCGAUUAGACCUCACACUACAACUACAAACACAUUGAUUCGUGGCCUUGAGUCUCUAUCUAAUGCUACAAUCUUUAGUGUAUAUAUAAGGGCAAGUACUUAUGCGAAAGUGGACCUAGAAAAACUUCGUACACAUUUUAGCAACGCUCGUACUGCUACCGAUACACGCAAAAGCAACUUAAAGGAAAUGUAUCUUCAACAAGGGGCUAUGUUACUAGAAUGGAGUGAAUUCGUAUACAAGAAACAGCAACAUCCAAUACCGCCAGCAUAUGCUCAGUCGUCUCCGGAAGUGCAGGUUCGUCAAUCACCGCCAACAUAUACUCGACUAUCUCCUGAAGCACAGGUUUCUCAGCCAUCACUCACCAAUUUUGAAGAAGCGAUUGCAGAAACACCGGCUGGACCUCCAAUUAGCCCCAACUCUACAUCGGUACAUGGCAUUUUCUCUGGCUGUGAAGAGUCACCAGGUGGCGAAGUGAACUUGGACGACAUCGAAAAGGAUAUCAGAAUAGACUUCGAUGUGGAUUCGGAUGAGGAACAGCUUGCCAUGGAACAGCUUACCAAUUUGAAUUCUCGAGAACUAAAUCAGCAAAUCGAUUAUGAUUUAGAAGUAUCACAGAUGCUUAAAUCGAGAUUGGAGAAAUGGACAGAAACAUUAUUCCCUAUAAACUUCGAUAUACAUUGUCAUACACGCUUAAUUGUCAAGUUGUCAAUUCUGGGUAAUUGUAUCCGUACAUCAAAUACUAGCGUAUUUGAUGUUACUUUACUCUGGUGUUCUGCAUUGUUUUUCUACGAUCCACAUGACUCCGAUUCUGGUAAUACUUCCGGGUUAUGGGAGACGACAAAUUCAUGGCUCAUUCGAGAUAUAGCCAAACAGAUUCGAUGGGCUGAUAACAUGCGCUAUGAUACUGAGAUGAGUUCGUCGUUGUUGGAGCAUUUCAUAAAGCUGGGUGAUGCUGCUCGCACUGUUGCUCUGGAUCCUAAAUCUAACAAAGGGGUUUAUUUUAAACAGAGAAGUGUUUUUGUUGUUUAUGUAUUAGCAGAGUUUGGCAAACCGGGUAUUGUAGGUAAAGAGAAUAGCAAGCCUGUUUCUCGAAAAAGCUCGGGAACUGAUGGUAAUGCGCCAAAGCGAGUAAAAAUUUAAUGCAUACAAUAUCACCUUGAAGCCCGCUUGUUGUUUUUUUCGCUGUUUGCAGAUCGUGACAUAUCUUGAGAUGAAGGAUAGUAGAAAGGGGUGGCACAAGAUAUCAAUUUAAAAUUCUUA